AUGAGUUCUUGUUUUGUACCAAACGGGGCCAGCUUGGAGGAUUGCCAUUCCAAUCUAUUCUAUCUGGCCGACCUGACGGGGAUCAAAUGGAAGCGGUACGUGUGGCAGGGGCCCACCUCGGCGCCCAUGCUGUUCCCGGUGACGGAGGAGGACCCCAUCCUGUGCAGUUUCAGCCGCUGUCUGAAGGCGGACGUGCUGAGCGUGUGGAGGCGGAGCCAGAGACAGGGCCGGCGAGAGCUCUGGCUCUUCUGGUGGGGGGACGACCCCAACUUCGCUGAGCUCAUUCACCACGAGCUUACAGGAGAGGACGACGGGGAGUGGGAGAGCGGGCUGUCGUACGAGUGCAGGACCCUGCUCUUCAAAGCCAUCCACAACCUGCUGGAGCGCUGCCUCAUGAACCGCAGCUUCGUCCGCAUCGGCAAGUGGUUCGUCAAACCCUACGAGAAGGACGAGAAGCCCAUCAACAAGAGCGAACACUUGUCCUGCUCCUUCAUCUUCUUCCUGCACGGUGACAGCAACGUGUGCACCAGCGUGGAGAUCAACCAGCACCAACCUGUUUAUCACCUGAGCCCUGAGCACCUGACCCUGGCCCAGCAAAGCAGCAGCCCCUUCCAAGUGAUCCUGAGUCCGUUCGGUCUGAACGGGACGUUGACGGGUCAGUCAUUCAAGCUGUCCGACCCGCCCACGCAAAAGCUCAUCGAAGAAUGGAACCAGUUCUAUCCCAUCAGCCCCAGCGCCAAGGAGAGCUCCGAGGACAAGAUGGAGGAGAUGGACUGGGAGGAUGAUUCUCUAGCUGCUGUUGAGGUCCUAGUAGGUGGCGUUCGGAUGGUGUACCCCGCCUGUCUGGUGCUGGUUCCUCAGUCGGACAUCCCCAGCGUGACCCCCGUGGGGUCCUCCCACUGCACGGCCGUCUACUCCAGUGGCCACCAAGUGCCUGCUUCCCAACGCGACCCCGCAAUGUCAUCAGUCACCCUCACCCCUCCCACGUCACCCGAGGAGGCCCAGACAGUUGAUUCUCAGUCGGCGCAGAAGUGGAUGAAGUUGCCGUCGGCGAUGGACGGUUUCAGCGUGGACAGCACCAGUCACCAUGGCGGGAAAAUCCCGCGCAGGAUGGCCAGUCAGAUGGUGGAGCGCGUAUGGCAGGAGUGCAAUUUCAAUCGAGCCCAGAACAAACGGAAAUUCUCAGCCACAGCUAAUGGUACUUGCGAAGAGGAUGCGUUGGAGAAACUGGGGACGUGGGACUUUGUUGAACCAACACAAAGGUCAACCUGUACCUGCUCCAGGCACAAAAACUUGAAGCAGAGAACGGGGAGCACUCCCGGUCAACCCCCCUCCGCCAGCCAGCCCCCCCAGCCGCCCAGCAAGCACAAGGCCACGGAGAAGCCGGAGAAAGGCGACAAGCAGCAGAAACGUCCCCAGACGCCUUUUCACCACCGCAGCUCCGCCAGCGACGACGUCAGCAUGGAGGCCGAGGCGUCGGCGGGACAGCGGCUGGCCCUCAGGGCCCAGGAGGGGGGACGCUUCCCGGGCCUGCGUCCCGCCGACGUCAGCCCCGUGGCCAAACCCCCGCAGCUGCAGGGCGGAAGCGGGGGAGCGGCGGGCGGAGGACCGGCGGAGAUGGUGGGGUCGCCCCAACCCCCUCCCCUCAGCCCCCACCCCUGCGACCGCGCGGAAGAUCCGGGGGAGACGAUGAAGAACCCCUCCACGCCCCACAGCCAACACUUUUACCCGGCCUCCGCCGAACCCUGCCUGCUGCCCCAGAAAAGCACGGAGGACCCCCGGCUGGAGCCCAUGGCUCCGCCCUUCCACGCGGCCUACCCCGAGCCCCUGGAGCCAACCGUCUACGUGGGCGCUGCGGUCAACCUGGAGGAGGACGGCGGUCACGCGCCGUGGAAGUUCUUCAACCUGCCCCGUCGGAGAGACGCGGAAUUCCCCACGCCGCUGCUCCCGGGAGACAAACUGAGGGAGGAGUCGAUGUCGAGCCAGGACAACGUCGUGUCCGUCACCGAGUUAAUGGCCAGCUCUAAGAAGCCUCUGAAAGUCUCUGAGGAGAGGAUCCAGAAGUACGUCAGUCAGCGAAACCAGUACCUGGCCGCGGCCUUCCCCGACGGCGACCACGAACCAGAGGUCGACCCUUACGCCUUCGUGGACGGGGACGUGAAGUUCACCUUCUCUGACAGGAAAGACAAAGCGGGCGGGGAGCGAGAGCCAGGCAAGAAACACAAGGGGGAAGACGGUGGAGCAGGGCCAUCAGACGACGCCCAACGCGCCGCGGCCCACAACCGCGCCACCUCCACCAGCCUGAUCCACGAGACGGACCUGGCCGUGUCCAUCAACGACCUGGACAACCUCUUCAACUCGGACGAGGACGAACUCGCGCCGGGAUUGAGGAGGGCGGCCGGUGGAACAGAUGAGAAGUUUGGUAAUAAAGAAGCCAAGCCCGCAACUCUCGACCCUGUGCCUUGCAUCAGCACAGCUGAUCUGCACCAGAUGUUCCCCACUCCUCCGUCUCUGGAGCAGCACAUCAUGGGUUACUCGCCCAUGAACAUGGGCAGCAAGGAUUACGGCAGCAUGGAGGCCGGGCCAGGCAUGACCACGCUGGACGGGGCCUCUUCCCUGGGGGGCCAGUUCAAGAUCGAGGUCGAGGAGAGCUUCUGUAGCCCCAAGCCCUCUGAGAUCAAAGACUUCUCAUUUGUGUAUAAGCCGGAGCUCUGCCAGGCAUUUGUGGGCUGCUCCAUGUUUGCUCCUCUGAAGACGCUGCCAAGCCAGUGUCUGCCUCCCAUCCGUUUGCCUGAGGAGUGUGUGUACCGGCCCAGCUGGACAGUCAGCAAGCUGGAGCUACUCAAUCCCGUGCCUCCAAUGACCUUCAACAAGGACAGUAACAUCCCAAGUGUGGGCAGUGCUAUGGAACAAGACUACAGUCAAACCUACACCCCUCAGACACACACUCCCUUCAUGUCCAACAGCGCCCCACCCAGCAACAGCGGAACGGGCAUCUUACCUUCGCCUGCCACGCCCCGUUUCUCGGCCCCCACCCCCCGAACCCCGCGCACGCCCCGAACGCCGCGCGGCCCCGCCAGCGUCCAAGGCUCUCUGAAGUACGAGAACUCCGACCUGUACUCUCCCGCCUCCACGCCCUCCACCUGCCGGCCGCUCAACUCGGUGGAGCCCGCCACCGUCCCCUCCAUCCCGGAAGCCCACAGCCUCUACGUCACCCUCAUCCUGUCCGAGUCCGUCAUGAACCUCUUCAAAGACUGCAACUUCGACAGCUGCUGCGUCUGCGUCUGCAACAUGAACAUCAAGGGAGCCGACGUGGGCGUGUACAUCAGCGACCCCAACAUGGAGGCCCAGUACCCCUGCGGCUGCGGCUUCAGCGCCGUGGUCAACCGUCGCUACGGCAACGGCUCGGGGCUCUUCCUGGAGGACGAGCUGGACAUCAUAGGCCGCGGAUCGGACGUCAGCCGGGAGGCGGAGAAGCGCUUCGAGGCGUUGCGGAACGCCUCCCUGGAGAGGACGGGAGGAACGGGGAAGGACAAAGUCCCUGACGAGCUCAUUCUCCUCUUGCAAGACCAGUGCACCAACCCCUUCUCUCCCAUCGCCGGCCCGGAAAGCCAAAGCUCGCCGUCUCCGGGCGCCGGGGGCUCCUCCAUCCCCCCCUGCGUGCGACUGGAGGAGAGGGACUUCCACAACGACUGCUACUUGGCCCUGGAGCACGGCCGGCAGUUCAUGGACAACAUGUCUGGCGGAAAAGUGGAUGAGACGCUGGUGAAGAGCACUUGCUUGCACCACUGGGCUAAACGCAACGCUGUGGACGUGAGCGCUCUCUGCUCUCAGGACGUACUGCGGGUCCUGCUCUCCCUACAGCCCGUCCUCCAGGACGCCAUCCAGAAGAAGAGGACGGUGCGGUCCUGGGGCGUCCAGGGGCCCCUCACCUGGCAGCAGUUUCAUAAGAUGGCCGGCCGAGGUUCAUACGGGACGGAUGAAUCUCCCGAGCCCUUGCCCAUCCCCACGUUCUUGGUGGGAUACGAGUUUGACUUCGUGGUGCUGUCUCCCUUUGGACUGCCCUACUGGGAGAAGCUGUUGCUGGAUCCGUUCGGCUCACAGAGGGACGUGGGCUACCUGGUGCUGUGUCCGGAGAACGAGGCUCUCCUGAGCGGAGCCAAGAGCUUCUUCAGGGAGCUCACGGCCGUGUAUGAGUCCUGUAAGCUUGGUCAGCACAGACCGAUUUCCAAAGUGCACGCUGAUGGCAUCAUUAAGGUGGGUGCGGCCACUGCCAAGAGGCUCACAGAACAGCCUGUCAGUGAUUGGUUCCUGAAGGCAGCCAAUGGGAACGCUGAUGCCUUCUCCAAGUUAAAACUGUUCGCCCAGGUCUGCAGGCAUGACCUCGCUCCAUACCUCGCUGCACAGUCACUGGAUAGCUCUCUCCUCACCCAGCCAAACCCGUCGCCACCGUCUAACCAAUCCUCAUCAACGCAGUCCUCAGGCACCGCCUCCUCCUCCAGCACUCAGAGCUCUGCGGCUCCCGGAGGCUCCUCCCUCCUCAACAGCACCGCCCCCAAUAACAACAGCGGCUCGGGCCUGACGGGCAGCGCCAGUGGCACCCCCUCUUCGUCGGGCCCCCAGGGCGGCGGCGGUGGCGGCAGCCUGCAGCCCGCCAAGCCCAGCUCCUUCCCAUCCUUUGGGAGCAUGGGUGUGCAGAACAACAGCUCUCAGGCGGGGCCUUUGGGCCAGCAGGCUGGCUCUCAGAACAUGGGCCUCUCUGGAGACAACGCUGCAGGCACCAACCAGACUCAGGGGUCCUCUGAACCUCCAGAGAGCACCAUGGAGAGAGAGAAGGUGGGCGUUCCCACAGACGGGGAGUCUCACGCCAUCACGUACCCUCCGGCCAUCGUGAUCUACAUCGUGGAUCCUUUCUCCUACGAGGAGGCUGAAGCGGGGACCGCCCACUCCAGUGUCUGGACCCUGGGGCUUCUGCGUUGUUACCUGGAGAUGCUCCAGUGUCUCCCGGCACACAUCCGCAACUCCAUCUCCGUGCAGAUAAUCCCGUGCCAGUACCUGCUCCAGCCCGUAAAGAGCGAGGAACGCCACCUGUACGCCCAGCAUCUCAAAUCCCUCGCCUUCUCCGUCUUCACCCAGUGCCGACGCCCGCUCCCCGCCUCCACCAACGUCAAGUCACUGACCGGCUUUGGGCCCGGCCUCGCCCUAGACACUUCCCUCAAGAGUCCGGAGAGACCCGAGUGCUUGCGACUGUACACGCCACCGUUCAUCCUGGCUCCCGUGAAGGACAAACAGACGGAGCUUGGAGAGACCUUUGGUGAAGCCUCCCAGAAAUACAACGUGCUGUUUGUAGGAUACUGCCUGUCGCACGACCAGAGGUGGCUGUUGGCCACCUGCACUGACCUCUACGGAGAACUUCUGGAGACAUGCAUCAUUAACAUAGACGUCCCCAACAGAGCCCGGAGGAAAAAGGGCUCAGCCAGAAGGCUAGGCCUGCAGAAGCUCUGGGACUGGUGCUUAGGUUUGGUUCAGAUGACGUCCCUUCCUUGGAGGGUGGUGAUUGGUCGCCUCGGCCGAAUUGGUCACGGAGAGUUACGAGACUGGAGUAUUUUGCUGAGCAGGAGAAACUUGCAGUCACUGAGCCGCCGGCUGAAGGACAUGUGCAGGAUGUGUGGCAUCUCUGCCGCCGACACUCCCAGCAUCCUCAGCGCCUGCCUGGUCGCCAUGGAGCCACAGGGCUCUUUUGUCAUUAUGCCAGACUCUGUGUCCACGGGGUCGGUCUUCGGCAGAACCACCCUGAACAUUCAGACGUCUCAGCUGAGCACACCUCAAGACACAUCCUGCACACACAUCCUGGUGUUCCCCACCUCUGCCGUGGUCCAGGUCAACAGCUCCAGCUACACCACCGAGAACAUCGACAUCGCCUUCAACCCCAUCAACGAUGGAUCUGAUGCUAUUGGUGGCAUCUUUGACCUUCUGGAACAGGAAAGUGACCUUGUGGACCCAGAUAUCAUUAACAUCCUGCCUGCCUCUCCAACCACUUCCCCCGUGCACUCACCAGGAUCCCAGUAUCACCACGGAGGAGACGGAAGCAAGGGUCAGAGCACGGACCGGAUGGAGUCCCACGACGAGGCUCCAAACAUCCUUCAGCAGCCCCUCGCUCUGGGUUACUUUGUGUCCACGGCCAAAGCGGGUCCACUGCCCGACUGGUUCUGGUCCGCCUGCCCGCAAGCCCAGAACCAGUGUCCCCUUUUCUUAAAGGCCUCUCUGCACCUCCACGUGUCUUCAGUGCAGUCGGAUGAAUUUACGAUGCACGGCAAACACUCCCACCCUCUCGACUCCAAUCAGACCUCCGAUGUGCUCAGAUUUGUGUUGGAGCAGUACAACGCCCUCUCCUGGCUGACCUGUGACCCUGCCACCCAGGACAGGCGGUCUUGUCUGCCCAUUCACUUUGUGGUGCUCAAUCAGAUGUACAACUUCAUCAUGAAUAUGUUAUAA